CGACGUAGCGCACAUGCGCAUUCGCGAGACGCCACGAAUAACCAAUCAGAAUCCAACAUAGCGACAGGUUUGUGUUGAGAGACAGAAGUGAGCGGAGAGAAAGAACGACUGGCGAUAUUGGAGUGAACGACAAACAAUCGACAUCGACGUCACGUGAUCAUGACAGACAACGGACGCGCCGGUUCCAAGUCUCCGCUUCACGUUCACGUCGGUAAAGGCACUCCCGUUCACGUGCACGUCAAGCACGGCGCCGGCGUUCGACCCGGAGAGUCACUGCGAAGCCAAGGCUCUUUGCGACUUCCUAAAACGUCUACAUUGAGGAGCAGUACAGGUGGUCGUAAGAGCGUGAGUGGAAGUCGACCAUUUGAUGGUCCGUGGGUGCCACCACCGGCCAAGACAACGAAACCAGCUCGACUCACUUGGCAGGGUCCCACUCAUCGACUGGAGAUAUCUCGUCCUGGAGACAACGAUGGUGGGGAUUUGAGGAUGAGUGACUUGUCUUCAGAGACGGGAUCUGAUGUCAUACGGGGUUACGAACGUAAAAUUGACAGUUUGAUGACAGAAGUUGGUGAACUAAAGAACGAGGUUGAUCUACAGAAGUCGCUACACGAAGUGGAGAAGAAGACUGGAGAGCUACGGAUGUCACAACGAAUGUUGGCCGAGAAAGAAGACGAAAUAGAGGAUUGUCGAGCUGAACUGGAAGCAUCAGAAAUCGAAGCGUCUCGACUCAAACAUUCAGUCGACAAACUCCAAGACGACAUUACCAACAGCCGUGUAGACGUACAGAGAACGAGCGCACAGAGAAAUUCCCUGCUGAAGAAACUGGUUGAGGUAGAGGUGGACGCGGAUGCUGCCGCAAAGCAAGCGAAUGCAUUGAAAGAUUCAGUGAGGAAACUGGAACGCAGCAAGUUGAUAUCUUCGGUCAGAGCUUCUGAUUUGAGGAGACAGCGUGACUUGUUGGUGGAACGGCUGGCAGACUUUGACACGACGAAUAAAACGUUGAGGAAAAUGUUGAGACAAACUCAACGAGAUGAAAAAGCUGCAGCCAGUCUAAGCAACCAACGAGACACGCUUGUGCAGAGACUCACAGAAUCGCAAACUCACGGAGAGCGGCUUGCGGACGAGGUGGCAGAGAGGGAGAGACAGAUUCGUCUUCUUUCAGCUCAAGUGGAAGCAGACAAGGAACAGUCUCAUGCAUAUCAAGAGUUACGUCAGACAAUAGACGAAGCUCGUUUCCGUCUACAGGAACAACUCGCAUCGAAAGAAUCCGAAUGUCGUUCGUUAAAGUCUCGUGUUCAAAGUAUGGAGCAUCAGAUACAACAAGAACGAGCUGAAACGUCUCACUUAGAGCAGCUUUUAGAUGAGACUAAGGGAAGAUUGACGAAAGACAAAGAGGCUUUGAAACGAGCAACAAAACAUCAAAAAGAGAGAGCAGCACGUGGUGAGGAAACAAUCGAAUCUCUAUCAGCACAACUCGCACAACGGGAGGCAGAAGUCACCGAACAUCGAGCUCAAAGUGAACAACUACGAGACGAAAACGUUCGAGUGUCAAGAAAGAAGGCACAGAGUGAAUUAGAGAUUGCACGACUUCAGAGUCAAGUUGAGGAGCUGCAGCAUCUUGUGGAGACUUUGAGGGAGACGUCAAAGCUACAGCUGGUGAACUAUACAGAAGAGAAUGAAAGAUUGAAGUCUCUUGUAAGAUCCCUUGAACAUCAACAAGAAGCAGCUCAACAAGAUGCUUCUGUCAAGCUUUCUCAAAGUCGUCAUGAAGUCGAGAGAACGGCCAAUCAAAAGGAGCAGGAAAUGGAACGAGUGAAGCAGCAAUCACAGCUGGAGAUUGAGAAAGUCAGAUUUCAGUUUCAGCAGAAACUUGGUGAAUUGGAACCACUUCCAGAGCUACUGAAAACAAGCGAGAUGCGACUACAAGAUGCACAGGAACGGAUCAGCAGCUACGACCGAAAGUCAAUCGAACAAGCACAACUCAUGUCAGACAUGACAGUCAAGGUGGAAAGCCAGAGUCAACAGUUGGAGAGCUUGAGAGACAAGUAUCAUUCACUAAUGGAAGAGAAUAGAUCACUGACUGCUCAAGUGGACUCAAUUGAGAGGAAGAUGGCUGAGACAGAGCAGCAUAAUAGGGAGUUGGUGUCUUUAGCAGCAAAGAAGGAGGAAUCACUGCAGAGAGCAAUGAGUCAGAUUGAAGAUCUGGGCCAUGAGAGUAGCACAACAAAACGACAGUUGGACACAACUCUUAGUGAAUCACGUCGACAGCGUGAAGAUAUCAAAGACAGAGCAGCAGUGAAGGAACGUACUGCACAGGCUCGAAUCACUGACUUGGAGGGACAACUGGGUCGACUGAAUCAGACGAAUAGUCAACUGAGAAGAGACAAGGAAGAGACUGAACGACGAUCAAAGUCUAAAAUCUACAGUCUUCAGGAUCAACUGGAACAAUCACAGGCGAACAAUAGAAACAUGGAGAACUACGUGCGCUUUCUCAAAGCCUCGUACGUGAACACGUACAGCGACACGAGUCCACUGGCUGCGUCACUACGAUGAUGAACGUAGACGAUUGCGUUUGAAUUGCUGAAGACUGGACAGCGAGACAUAAACGUGUUUUGUUAGUGAACGAGUCAAUAAACGAUUAGUUGGUUUGCAUGGUCAAAAUUUGAAGUGUGAAAUAAAGACGUCUUGAGUGUUGGUAA